AACCCUCAGCAAAGGAAAUCACAGGGGUUUCUUCCAUUAAUCCCAUAAAAUUUUGAUACUCACUCGAUCGCGAUUAGUCGUUGAAUUCAUCAAUGGCGGAAAUUCACCAACAAUUACCAAGGCCGGCAAUGCAGCAGGAACCGGGGUCCCGCCAGGUUGUGAAGGCGGCCACCGCAGUCACAGCUGGUGGGUCCCUCCUAGUCCUCUCCGGUUUGACUUUAACUGGUACGGUGAUUGCACUCACCGUGGCAACCCCGGUGCUGGUGAUAUUCAGUCCGGUUCUUGUUCCUGCCGUAAUCACUGUUUCUCUAAUUCUCGCGGGUUUCUUAGCUUCUGGUGGGUUCGGUGUGGCGGCAAUCACUGUGUUGUCAUGGAUCUUCAGGUAUGUGACUGGGAGGCGCCCACUGGGAGCGGAGCAGCUGGAGCAAGCAAGGAUGAAGCUGACAGGGAAGUCAAGGGAGAUGAAGGACAGGGCUCAGGAGUUUGGGCAGCAGCAGAUCGCUGGUUCACUGCAGUCUUAAGAUGGGAUGGUGAUGUAUGUAAUCUCUGCCUAGAGCAUAUAUAAUUAAGGGGACGGUUUAGAUUGCGGAGGAGAUGAUCGAAUGGCUACGAUUACAAAUUAAGUUUGUUGCUGAAGAGUGGUUCUAAAAGUUUUCUGUGUUUUUCGUGUUAAGAUGUGUGUCCCUAAUUAAAUUGGUGUCGGGACAUGCUAAGUUUGUCUUAAUUAGUUUGUAAUAAACUCUUUUUUUGUUCUUUUUGAAUC